AAGAGGACAAAAACAAUCUUAGAAAUGAAUACCUUAAAUUACAACAAGAACAACAAAAUAACAGAAAUGAAGGACCAUCGAUAAUAACGGAAUAUAACAGAGACCCUAUAGAAAUAGGAAUAAAUCAAGAAUCAGACUCACUAUACCUAAGACCAAUAACAAAUAGACCUGGAACACCAGGCCAUAAAGGAAAAACACUGGAUUACGGAUAUGGAAAAGAGGAUAAAAAAAUUAAU